AUGCUGGUUUCAUUAUAUAUAGGUUUCACUGAUGCAGGCUUUAACAGAGUUCUGGAAAUAGAUGCUCUCGGUAUCAAUGGAGGGUGCAAGAUACAUGGUCCAGCUGCACUUGCCGAUGACCUAGGUGUCGGUGUUGGCCUGAAUGGCAAUGUGAGCUCACCAGGAAGAGGUCCAACUGACAAUGGUGUCCAGUACUGCCCAGAGGUCACCAAAGCUUUUGAGGGCGUCAGGUUCAUUGCAGAACACACACGUCGUGAAGAGGAGUCUGUCAGGGUGAAGGAGGACUGGAAAUAUGUCGCCAUGGUGCUGGAUCGGUUGUUUUUAUGGAUAUUCACCCUGGCGGUGUUGGUAGGCACAGCAGGCAUCAUCCUCCAGGCACCUACCCUCUAUGACGAUCGUUUACCCAUUGAUAUUCAGUAUUCAGAAAUUGUUACUGUUGCAGAUCGCAACAUACCCAAACCAAAUCUUAAACCUAACUAGUAUAAUGACACACAGUCACACUGAGUAUUGUAGACAAUUAUGUGAAAACUUAUCCACCUCAGACUCAGAAAAAAAUAUGACAAUGUUUGCAAGGAAAAGCAACUUGAUUUUUAUUUUAAUUGAGCAUCUAAUUAGUUUGGGAAGUCAUAAUGGUUUUGAAGAGUUGAAAACAGAAAGCUUGAAUCAUAUGAUAUAUCGUGGAAAAUAGAUGGUUAGACAAAAGGCUUCUAAGUUACAUACAGUCCUAUGUAAUUUUUUAUGAUAAGCAUGUGUUAUUAAACAUGUGGAAUGUAAUUUGCUCAUAUAUCCAGUUUUGUGAGACAGUGACUCUUGUACCAUUUUUGUAAGAAAAUUGAAAUCUUCAGUCACAGCCUGAUGUUCGCUAUCAAUAAAUAAAAAAUCCAGCAUGGCCACAACGAUAUGAAAAGCUCAAAGAAGAUAAUACUCAAGCAUUCAGACAUUUUUAGUUUAAGUUUCAAGUAAUCCUGGCUAUGUGCUGGCACUGGCAUCCUCUGUUUUUACCUCUGCACAAGAACCCUUACAGAGAUCAUUGCUCAACUGCUUAAAAAUGGAGCAGCCAUUAUAUGAAGAUUGCUUUGCUAACUUAUGGAAAAGGUGUGUAGAUCAUGAAGGACAGUGAAGACAUUGAUAACUUGAUCUUAGAAGUGACAGUUUAUAAAUCGGGGAAAAGAACAUCCCAAAAUUUGAGAAGAAUGAAAGCAGGAUUGGAGAUGCAGCUGAUUUUAAGAAGGAAGUUAAUUUUCUUCUUUCCAGGGUAAGUUUCUUGCAUGGCAAAUUUUAUUCCUAAAGGUUCCAUUGUGACUUUUUAUAAAGAAAUCUUGAUCUACCAAGCAAUGGAAAUAUGUAAGGGCAAGAAAACAGUACCGGUAAUUUUUUCACUCGUGUAUGUUUGUGAGAUGUAUGUAUUUUAUAAUUAUGUUCCACCAUUUGUAUACUGUAAAUACGAGUUAUUCCAAGAAAUGUAGGUGUAGAUAAAAAGAGAUUAUGAAUUAGUUAAGGAAAGUUCUCUUGAGCAGAUGGAUAUUGUAUGCUCCUUUCAUGAUUUUUGGCUGCCUCACCCAGAAUAUAACUGUCUAGUCUCCGAGAACUAUUGGGUAUCCACCUGAAUAAAAUAUAUAUCUUACUCCAAAGAAAAGGAUUGAAUUGUAAAUAUUGUAACCUAGCAAUACUGGUGCAUACAUGUUGGUGCCAAGAAAAUUGCAAGACUUGUAAUGCAUGGGCACUGAAUGGGUUUUACCAAAGGUGAAGAUAUUUUUCUGAAAGUAUGUCCCAUUUUGAGAUAGGCUAUAUAUUGCAUGAAAAUUUAGGAUUGCAAAAGGAUUUACUUUAGCCAAGUCAGUUAGAAGCAAAUAAUAGGAAAAUGUUUAAUUUGUUGCUGUAACAGUGGUCUUUCUUCUAAAAGCACAAUAUCAGUGUUCCUGAUAAAGACAGUAUUGUCCAUGACAAAAAAGUAACUGUAGUGAUUACUUGAAAUGUUUAAUUUUGCUUGUAACUGUCUAAUAAAAUUCUUUUUUUCCAGUAAAAUAAUAUUUGUAAUUUCUUAGCAAUAUGAUGAACUGAGGCACAAGAAAUCCAAGUGUUAUUAGAAGUAGAUAACAGAAUUUUUGCUUUAAGGCUUUUUAAUUACAAUGAAAUACAUAUCUGUCAUUCAUAAACUGUAUUUUCUUGUAUUUUAAGGCCUUGUUUGACAUUUCUCACUAAUUUGAUGAUUUUUGGGUAGCCUUCUUAAAUCAUACAUCAUGUACCUUAAGAGAAUAUUGGAUUUCAGAGCUACAACAAGUAAAUUAAUGCAUUAUUCAAAUUUGUCUUUUUGUAUUCCAUUUAUAUACUACCAUUUUAGUAUUUCGUUUAGGUCUGAGGUAAAGAAGUAUGGAUUUUCCUGAAGGUUGGAAUGAAAUACUCUUUGAAGGAUUUAUUUUAUCUUGUGAUAAUGUGUAUGAAGUUGUCAGGAAAAUAUUGAUUCAUUUUAUGAUUUGAGCCUAGUCUAUUAACCCAGUGGUGCCCGUUUAUCAUACUGUCUAUUGUCAUUUUCUUUUGUGAAUUCUGUUUGCACCUAGAUGGCUCCACAAGUGCUCACCCAUCAAAGAGCCAAUUAAUAACCUUAUGUGUCCUCAGUUGAUUUCCCCUUUUCUUGAUUUUUUUUUCUUCUUUUUUUUUCAGAAAAAAAUUUAAUGCUAUUAUUGAGGAAUAGGGUAAACAGGUAAGUCAGAUAGGACUUGUAACUGGCUCCUUGGUAAUGAUGCACUUGUAUAGCUAUUUAUGUGUAAAGACAAUCAAUAAAUAAAAAGAUACAGUGGAAAUGGCAUGUAUUCUUGCCAUCCUGGCAACUAUGGGUUAACACAAGGGUUGUGAUAUGCUUGGGAAAAACAUCUAGAUCUGAAACCCUAGCUGAUGAGUGGAACAUUUACCUAUGAAUAUACAUCAAAAUACUUUUACCAAAUGGUUUGAUUUUUGUACCAAUACUUACCCUUUUAAAAAUAAAAACUGCAUAGAGACAGAAAGUAAAUAGAGAAAAGG